AUGGAGUUCCUGGCGGAGGAGAACGACUGCGGCCAGACGCUGCUGCGGCUGGUGAGUCGCGGCAGCGCCAUCAUCGCCGAGCUGCUGCGUCUGUCCAACAACAUCCCGGGCGUCUUCAUGGGGCCCUCGCACGUGGAGGACCCGGAGCAGCUCAAGUACCUCAACAUCCUGUUCGACUUCGCGUACCUGAAAAACCCAGAGGACUUCGAGAACAUGGUCAACAGCAACACGGAGCUGCUGGAUGUGGACGACGAGUUCAUGGACAACCACGAGGACAUUUUGGACCGAUUCUACCAGCUUUUCGACGGCAUUUACAAGUACAUUAGCGACUACUUGGAGUUUUUGGACAAUCUGGAGAAAGGGUUCUUCAUCCAGCACACGCUGGCCAACAUUUUGCUGGAUACGGACGGUGCGCAGCUCAUGUGCGAGGCCCUAUACCUCUACGGAGUGAUCUUGCUGCUGCUGGACCGCAAAAUUCCCGGACCCACGCGAGAGAAGAUGGUCAUCGCGUUCUACCGAAGCAAGGGCGAAUCGGCGCUGGAAAAUAUUGAUGAAGUCUGCAAGCUGUGCCGUGUGACGGGUUAUCUACCUGGUCAGCCGAAACCGGCUCAGUACCCUGAGCGGUACUUCAAGCGCUUCCAACCCCCGGAGGAAGUUGUGAGCAUGGUAAUCGGCAAACUGCAGUCCGAUGAUGUGUAUCUGCAAGAACCGUGCUUCCCGCACCGCACGCAUCGGUCUACUCGACUCGCAGCGCAGGCUUCGAUGCUGUUUGUGAUUCUGUUCUUCGCACCGGAUAUUCUCAUCCACGAGAAGGCGAGUAUGCGUGAAAUCGUGGACCGCCACUUCAACGACAACUUCAUUCUGACCACGUAUAUGGGAGCUGUGGCUGACCUGUCGUUGGAGUGGGCUGCGUACCCGGCAGCGCGCUUGGCGCUAGCUAACACGCUGGAACCGUCGAACAUCGCACACAUUACCAAGAAGAAGGCACAGCAGACGCAGCGCUCUAUCGAUGAACUGAACUACUUCCUUACUGAAGGUGUGCUUACGGAGAUGUACGUGCUGGAGAACCUGGACCCACUGCUAAACUGUAUCCGUAACGCCAACGUGACGAUCCGAUGGACAAUGAUGCACUCUCGAAUUCAACCGGUGAUCCCCAUGAUGGAGAACUCCACGGCGCAGCGCGAAAUCUUCGAUAAAGGCACAGACCCGGAUAAACUGAUUACUCUGCUGCUCAAGGUUUCACAGCUCGAGUGGAAGCUGAAGCAGAUGUUUGAAGCGCUGUUGGCCAGCAAGGAAGAUCGGUGGCAGCGCUGCAUGAAGGAAACUUCAGAGCGCAUGGAGGAACUGAGCGAGUAUUUCUCCGGAGAAAAGCCGCUUACGCGUGUCGAGCGCAACGAGGAUCUUAUGAAAUGGUUCAAAGAUUUGGCUGAGAAGGUGAACAGUCUGGAUUACGUGGAUCACGUCAAGGCUGGACGACGCAUUAAGCGUUUGAUUGAGGCACUGGGCCACGUUGAGCAGUUUGACCAAAUUGACACAAAUUUGCAAGUUAAGGCAUACCUGGAGGAAUCGCGCGAGUUUCUCACAGAAAUGGUGCGCACUGUGCGCAUUCGAGACGAGGUCAUGGGCAUCAUCGAGAACGUAUCGGAUCUCUCCUACGGCUGGGAGAUUAUCAACGACUUCAUGAAGAUCCUGCACCAGCGCGUGAAAAACGAUCCGUCGUCUGUUAUUUUGCUGCGUGCAAUGUUCCUCAAGUUUGCGUCAAUCCUGGACGUGCCGCUCACUCGUAUCCAUCAGUGCGGCUCUGAGGAUGUGAUCUCUGUCGCCGAGUAUUAUUCGGCUGAGCUUGUGGACUACGUGCGGCGCGUGAUGGAAGUGAUCCCACAGAGUGUCUUCCGUAUCCUGGCAGGCAUCAUCAAGCUUCAGACUGACCACAUGAAGCCAAUUCCGGUAAAAUUCGAGAACACGUUGCUGAAGAACCACGCCCAGUUGAACGAGCGCUACCGUCUUGCGCGUGCGACCAACGAGGUUUCCAAGUACACCGAAGGUAUUCUGGCGAUGAAGCGUACUCUGCUCGGUAUCAUUGAGGUCGACCCUCGACAAGUGCUGGAGGAUGGUUUGCGCAAGGAGCUCGUUUACCGCGUGUCUCUCGCUUUCCACGACGUGUUGAUUUUCGAGAAGAACACGUCCGAAGAGUGCAACGAGAUCUUUGUGAAGUUGGCGUCCAACCUGGAUGCUUACCGGCUGUCCUUCGAGUACAUCCAAGACUACAUCGGCAUUUAUGGUCUACGCAUGUGGCAUGAGGAGCUGUCGCGCAUUAUCAACUACAACGUCGAGCAGGAGUGCAACCGCUACUUGAAGAAGAAAGUGUACGAUCGCGCAUCACAGUACCAGAGUCGCGCUAUCCCGAUUCCACGCUUCCAGCCGCCGUCGGGCGAUAUGAGCGUUAACUUUAUGGGACGCCUCAUGCAUGCGCUUUUCAUCAUGACUGACCCCCACACGACUAUUUACUCCCCGCAGUCCAUUGGUUGGUUCUCUGAAGAUGGCCAAGAAGUCUGCGGCAUCGGGGCUUUCUCGGUGUUGCACAAGAGUGUGGGGCUGCUGGGUCUUGCAGGUUUGGAUCGUAUGCUUUCGUUCCGUAUCGUGCACACACUCAACAAUUUGGUCAAGUUCUGGGGGUCAGCCGUGACUCCCUACUACCCGCUGCUGGACCAGCUCUCCGCAGCUCUUGUGCCAGAAUGGAAGUUGCCAGAGCACUCAACGAAGUUGUACGAAGCCGCGUUGAAAAAGGUUGAGAAGAUCAUGAGCAAGCUGCUUAAGGCUGUGCUGAUUAUUGGCCAGGCGGCACUCAUCCGGCGACAGAUUUCGAGCGAGUUGUCGUUUUCGAGCCGCCUUGACGCGAAUCUGCUGGCCACGGCCCUGGACACGCUGAACAUUUCUCUACUGAACGACAUUCGCGCGCACUACCGUGAUCCGAAGAACAAGCCGUACCCGGGCAGCGACGGCAAUCCUGUCCUUGUGGAAUUGAACAAGUACCUGGAGAACACGGGUGCGAAUGACCCGUUCCAGAAGAUCUACGUGACAGUCGCCGAUCCGUUGGAGGGCCUGGCAGCGAUGUUCAUGCUCUUCGUGGUGGCCUACAUGCCGAAACUGCAGUACGACCGCAACUUCGGCGCGCUCAGUCGCGUGGGUAAGAACCCAAUCGACGGUGAGCCUCUGCUCGUCAACGACAUCUUCGCCGAGAAGGCCGAUAAAAAGGGCAAGACACCUUCGCUGCCGACGGAGCUACCCGUAGACGUGGUCAACACGCUCAUCUUCAUGCUCGAGUUUGCACGCUGUGCCAAGAUCAAGCGCAGCGUCCUGGACGCCCACGUCCCUGCGUACAAUUCACGGGGAGCCAGAAAACGAAGCAAAAGCACGCGCGCCGCCAUGAGCGAGUCGGGAACCAGCGGCGGCUUUAAGGAGCCCUCGCGCGCCAUCUUCGCGCAGCGCGACCUGCACCACUUCCUGGGCUCUCCGGCCCAGCAGAUGAUCUUGGUGUUUGUCAAGCACCUGAACAAGAGUGUCAAGGGCAAGCGCAUCUCCAGCGAGUACGAAGUCUCCCCGAACGUCCAGAAGGCUGUGGAACUGGUGAACGAGAUCAACUCAUGGAUCGAUGAGAUCCCGCCCAUCCAGCAGCCCAUGCGCUUCGGCAACAAAGCCUUCCGCACGUUCUACGACAGAGUAGUGGAGCGAACUCCUGCGAUGCAGGAGAACAUGCUGCCGGAGGAGCUGCGUGGCGCUGUCAUUGAACUGGCGGCGUACCUGGACGACUCGUUCGGCAACCGUGUCCGUAUCGACUACGGCACGGGCCACGAGACCAGCUUCAUCGUGUGGAUGUGCUGUCUGCACAAGCUAGGCUUUUUCAAGCAGUCGGACUUCCCAGCUCUUGUGCUGCGGUUGUUCACAACUUACCUGGCGCUGAUGCGUCGCCUGCAGAAGCUGUACAUGCUGGAGCCGGCAGGCUCUCACGGCGUCUGGGGUUUGGAUGACUACCACUGCCUUCCGUUUUACUUCGGUUCGUCCCAGCUAAUUGGCCCACACGAGAUCCUGCCCGAUAGCGUGCACGAUGACAGCGUGCUCGAGGCCAACCACAAGGAGUAUUUGUACCUGGACGCUAUCAAGUUCAUCAAGGAGGUGAAGGCGGGCUCGCCCUUCGCAGAAACGUCGCCCAUGCUGAACGACAUCAGUGCACUGCCGUCAUGGGAGAAGACCAACGGUGGCAUGCUCAAGUUGUACGAGGGUGAAGUGCUGAAGAAGUUGCCGGUGAUCCAGCACCUGCGCUUCGGAACGUUGUUCCCGUGCACAUGGACUCCGAGCCACGCAGCCGAUGACGGUUCCACCUACAUCCCGGUGAGCACGCAUCCAGGUACGGGCGUUCGUGCUCCUAACUUUGAUCUCGAGGGUGUGUCGGCGAAGGCGCCGUGGGUUUCCGUAGAAACGCUGGCCGCCACGAAGGAUACUGCGAUGUCGCCGCUGCGUCACAGCAAGAAAAAACUGGACGAGUAAACCCACAGCAUUCGUGCAAGAAGCUCAUGCCGACGCUCCGAAACGGUCCGAUGCGGUGCAGUGCUGGCAUGUGUUCGUUCUGUCUACCGUGGAUGUGCUGUGUUGUUGUUGUUACUGUGGCUGUGGUGGUGGCGCUUCAAAUCCGUGGACCGAUGGCGAGGGAGCUCCUCUGGUCGACGCCAACGAAAUAUGCUGUUUAGCAGGCUUGUCGACUGCUGACUCAGCUCUCCAGCGCGUUUAACGCCACGUCGCUUGCUUCCGGUCGAGGCCACGUGUUCGGGCGCGUCACGGUCGGGCGGCAAGAGUGGAAAAGGGCUUCGCCACCGAGAUCGGGCCACGCGGGACCCGCUCCAGUCGAGCUGGGCAGCGAAACAGACGACGGCGUGAACAAGAAACGGCCCGAGGAGCUGCGGCAGCGCUGUCGAGGCUCUGGCUGAGUGGAGCCAUUUCGCCGCGUGAACGCGACACGGGGAAACGGAUUGCGGAGCGCGAGCGAGCGAGCCACGAACAGCGGCAACCGUGCACCAGAAAACAACCAGUGAAAUUCUUGAGGAGGCCAGUCAGCCAGCGGGCCAGCCAGUCGUGACGAGCGCAGAUUACGGAGGAGCGAGCCUCGACGAUUUAAUCGGAAGAGGACAGAGCUGUGGUGAGACGAAGGUUGCAGCGGAGGCGUUACGAACAGCAGCCAUGCGAUGCGAGGCAGCGGGCAAGAAAGCGGGCGACCAAGCGACUUUCGUUUGCGGCGACCGCGGAACUGGAAGGAGAAGGGCUGACCAAGAAGCCGUUCGACCGUGACACCGGCAGACGCGAGGCGGAACAACCCAGCAGCAUUUUUGGCUUUGGUGCCGUGGUCUCCGCUAACGAAACUCGCGCGAUCUCACCCCGAAUUCAGCCCGUUCGAACAGCGAGCCGGCAAACUGAACGAUACGCCGCUCAGCCUGUUGCCGCAGCAUAGUUGGUGCUCGCUACACGUACCUACCAGGGCUCCACCUCUACGAGCAACAGUGCAAUCGAUCCCAAUACAAACGCAAAGGCUAGAGGCGUCGGGGGCCACGCAUCCCUUCAAUCACCACACACCUUGGUUUAACAUUUCC